GAGAGAGAGAGAGAGAGAGAUAAGGUCACACAUAUGGAUAAAAUUCAUAGCAAUUGUAUAGGAACUUUUUCCCAGGUAAAAAGAUAAUUACUGCAGAAAAUUGAUCUAGAAUUUAAUUAAAAUUAUUGAUCUAAUAGAAAAUUAGAAAUUCUUUUGUUACAGAAUUUUGAAUAGCUAUUUUUAUUAUAAAAUUCUAUCUAUACAAAAUACUUCCUUUUCGUAUAUUCUAUUUGCUAUAGUACCUCUAUCAUUCAUCUAACAUAGAAAGUAAUACUAACAUGAAAAACAUAUUUUAUAUAAGACUUUUCAAACGCUCCACGUUUUGGUUGAAACUUGCACGAAUUCGACGAGAUUCAACGGCAGGAUUAAUCAGAUUAAUCGGAUCAAUCGUCUCUUCAUUUCAAAUGAUCUUAUCUUCGGAUUCUCUCUAAAAUGGAUUACAUUGAAGUAGACGGUAGAAUGAAAUUUCCUCGACGGUUGGGCGUAAUAACUAAUCUCAUCAGUUGCAAGUGUAUAAAAGGAAAAUGCAUGUCUGCCGGAGCGCUGAAGGCUCUUAACAGUUAAAGCAGCCGAAGCCAAUACUCGCGACGUUGCACCAUGCAUUCUUUAUAGUCAUAACCAGACCAUGAGUCGUCAUCAGAUCAUGCGAUUCACAAAGGGAUUAAUGUCUCCUCCUAUCACAUUACUGUUAGAGAUCAAGCCAAGACCUGCAUUAUCGAGGUGCCUUAUUAGUGCUCUUUCGCGCUCUCGUUGCGAAAGCGAUUAUGCUCUUCGAGACGAGAAGGUCGCCGCCAAGUCAUAGACAAUAUCAUACACAUCCUCGUUUCCAUAGUUCGCGUUAUCGCUGUGGUCAUUGGACAUUCCGCGGGUACUAUUGUAGAAAGAAGCCAACUCAUGUUCGUUUUUACAAACUUUGGUUAACUUAACUGGUUGGUUCUUCCAAUGGAAUUGAUCAACCACAUUUCUUAUUAGUCAGACUUGAUAGAUGCUAUUGGUCAAUUCCGUUGGAACAACCAGCCGAUUAAGUUAACCAAAGUUGGUAGAAAUGGGCAUUAAUUCAUUAUUUUCCUUGACGCGUAAAGAACCGAGGAUGCAUCGGCUAAAUCCCAUCGUGUUGUGCGCACUUCUACUGGUGAUCGCCUACGCGGCGGAAAAUCAGAGCAAUUCCACUCAUGAAGACAAGCAGCAGAAUGACACGAUGCACUAUGAGUCUCAAGUGAACUUCACCACUACUUUGAACCACGACGAGAAUUCCACGAGAGACAACGAGGACUCGGUACAGCAUGAGUUUUAUAGCAACUACACGAAGAACCUCGAUGAGAAUGACAGUCAGAAUGUGACGGCCGAGCUUCGCGACAAUUCUACAGAGAUUAACGACGGAGGCAACUCUACCACGUCGCAGCUUCGCCCAGGAAGCAAUUUGAACGAAACGAAUUCCAACAUCUGCAAUGUCACAUUCUGUAUACCAAUUUGUUGCGAACCCGGCAAUCGUAUGAUCCAUGUCGGAGACAAGUGGAAAUGCAAGCCCGAUGACAGUAAUUAUGAUUUCCCGGAGGUGCAGGGGACAAGCAAGAAGGCGGACGAGAUUUUUCCACUGUACGUAUCAGAUCCAUGUACCAAUGAAAUGCGCUACGCGCUCGAUAUCUCCUUAUAUGUCACCGACGAGUACAUAAUUCUGACCAACGGUUCUUUGUACCUAACGCUAAAGGACAAAUUGAUGGAUCCGACAACUUACUGCUACGCCGUCAUGAACAAGAGUAAAUACGUGCCGACCUUCUGCUUCGAUGAACCAAGUCCGCCCAUCGAUGGCGUGGAUUUCACCGGUAUACCCAUCGGUAUCAUAGUGUCCUUGCCGUUCCUGCUGUUGACCUUCGUGGUGUACACCAUACUACCGGACCUCUGGAACAUGCAUGGCUACACACUUCGCGGAUACGUCGGCUCGUUAUUCGUCGCGUACAUAUCCCUCGUGCCGUUCCAUCUGAUAUCGCCUAACGAUUUGUCGGAUGCAGCCUGCAGUGGAUCGGCCUUCGUCAUUUACUUCUCGUUCCAGGCGAGCUUCUUCUGGCUGAACGUGAUGUGUUUUGACAUUUGGUGGACGUUUAGCGGAUUCCGCUCGUCACUAGGAAAUGUGAAGCUACGAGAGAGAAAUAGAUUCAUCAUGUAUUCGAUUUACGCGUGGAGUUGCCCCUCCUGCCUUACUAUCCUCUGUCUCAUCAUGGAUUUCGUCCCCGAUAUACCGGAAACUUUAAUCAAACCGGGGUUUGGCAUAAUUAAAUGUUGGUUCUCGACGAACGAGGCAAGAGGUUUAUAUUUUUACGUACCCAUGAGUAUCACUAUUAUCUGCAACAUUUUCCUGUUCAUUUCCAUGGCCUUCAAGAUCGUACGGCACAAGAAGGGCACAACUCAUCAGCUGAGAAGCUCGGAAAGCAAACGUCACAAUGACAACAAGCGAUGGUUCAAAGUGUAUCUGAAGUUGUUUAUCGUGAUGGGCGUAAACUGGUCCAUGGAGAUAAUAUCGUGGGUGAUCAAGGGCGUGCCUAUAUCCGCCUGGUAUGCAACCGACCUGAUGAACGCUCUGCAGGGUGUCAUCAUCUUCAUCAUAUUCGUGUGGAAGGACAAUAUCAGGAAGCAACUACUAAAAAAAUUUGUCUGUCGGGAAAACAUAUUCUCCAUAAACUCAAGGCGCAGUGGUUGCAACAGCAAAAGUACUCCGCGCAACAUCCCAACGGGAGUGACACUUCAGAAGAAGAUCAUCCCCUACAUACAGAACUGGCGCGCAAAGAAAUCGUCCGACAAGAAUUCGACCAAUUCUCCUAAUGUAUAAUGCGAGGAGAGAAUUCCUUUGGUGCAGAAUCAUCGUGGUCGGUAGCCUAUAAUAUGUUAUUGCCGUAAUGUAAUUUUGCAGUCAAAGUUAAAUUUUGUAUUAUUGUACGUUGAUCUCUUUUUAUUUUUCACUUUAUACAGUGUAUCUGGCGGCACAACACUAAUAGUACAACACUCGCUUGUACGUUAAACAGUACAGGACAAUUUUUUAUCGCUUUACAGAUUUAACAAUAGUUAGUAAAGAAUUGAUUACAAAAUAUCAACGAAAGUGUGUGAUUGCACGGAAAGUGCUAAGUCGGUCUUUGUGAAUAAGUUGAUAUCGCGAGAAGAUAUCUGAUUGGUGCAUUUCUAAAGAUGGAUGGAAAUGCACCAACCAAAACAGAAUAUUUUCAUCCAGCAAGCAACCAGCAUCGAAACAAGCAUCGUGUUCCGCUGGCUUUAGUAGCAGAAGAAAGAGGGCGCACUAGUGCAUCCGAUCGAAUUUUGGCUUUAUUGCCUAUUGUAGAAGACUUAUUACAUAUAGCCAUUUUAUUUACUACACAUUAUUAAAGAUAUCUUCUGUGAUAACAAGUAACCAAUAAAAUAGCUUUGUGUGAUACAGUAUUCAUUGGAAAACAGUCAUUACAUAAUUGUAAACGAAUGAGUGCAUUCAGUACUACCGCUCAUUGAGCGUUCACUGAGCUCUUUCAUCUGAUUGGUAUAUAUUUUUAGAUCUAAAGAAAUAUGCCAAUCGGAUGUAAAAGUUCACUAAGCGUUCAGUAAGCUGCUGUCGUAUUGGAUGCAUCUAAUAUCGUAAUUGGAGUUGGUUUAUGGCUGGCGUAUGGUGAGCAUCGAAGAAUAUUGCCUCUCGUGAAAGUGUGAGAAAGCAAUUUAUAAUUCGAAUUAAUUUCACCUUUGAAAAUCUGUGAUUUAUUAAGACGACUUGGCAAACCUAUUUAAAUUCCUGAUGUUUCGUUGCGAGAAUGAUCGUAAUAGAAAUGUGGGAAUAACUUCCACGCUCAAAAACUAUGUAUCAUUAUCUUUAGACAAAAAUGCUAUCAUGAAGAAUACUGCGUGGGAUACGACUGACGCUGUUUCGGCAGAUGGAUACUUCAACAUUUGCGUACUGCUUAGCAUGCUGCUAGGAUUCUAUCAAGACUACAAACGUGUAGUAAUUAACGCGCGUCACGAAUUAAUUUUAUUACGGUCUCGCAGUGACAACAACAGUCUAUUUGGAUCUUCAGCGUUGCAACCUAAGAGCGAGAUAUUCAAAAUACAAUAGCGAAUGCCUCAUGUAAUGUUGAAUGAUAUCAAUAAACUUGCCCUGCUGAGAACUUUGGAGAAUGAUCGAUAUCUGAGUAUGAGUUUCCGCUCAUGGGAUCUGUAUGAAUUUCCUCUGCUCCAAAGUACGACCAAACAUCUGUGGACCGUCAAACCAGCCACUAAUUUGGAAAAACCGCGAUAUAUUAUCUUUGCCUUGCAGACUAGUCGAAAAAAAUGUCAUGUCGGAAAAUAUAACUCAAUUCGACAACUGCAAUUUGAAUCUCUAUCUAAAUUCAGAGUGUUAUCUAUACGAUGACAUAAAUUUAGAUUUUGUAAGAAACAGAUAUGCAAUAUUUUAUGAUAUGUAUAGUCCUUUCCGCAAAUCGUAUUAUGGAUACAACAAUGCUGAGGUAUGGUUAACACUAUCGACUUUCUGAAACAUAGUCCUUUCGUGGUUAUCGACUGUUCGCGUCGAAACGAAUCUGUUAAGAGUGCCAUUGUAGAUGUGAUAGAAUUUGAGUGUAGAGAGAAUAUACCAGUGAAUACAACCGUAUACUAUUUGAUCCUGCAUGAUCGUGUAGUUGAAUACAGUCGACUAACCAACUUAGUGCGCAAAAUCAACUAACACUGGAAAGUAUAUAUAUGAGAUAAGAAUAAUAACAAAAAUCAAAAAGCUAUAUACGACAUUUUUAUCCCGAACGUAUCGAAGAGCACAUCAUUAUGGUCGUACCAACAUUUGUGGACUUGCAAGGAUUCGUCGUUGGGAAAAGAUUUAUUGUAAAGGAAGUAGCGAUACUUAGGAAUGGAUCUGUUCUCUCCCAUUAUAUCUUUACUAGUCCCAUACCAUGGCAUCUUCUAACAAGAUUCGACA